GAAAAUAGAAAAACCCUUGUUUCAGACUCUUUCACACAUACAAUAUAUAUGUAUAUAUUGCUCCCCAGACUCAUUCGUAGAAUCGUUCCAAGACCCAAGAGAACUAAUUGUGUGUGUAGGUUUUUUAUUUUCUUUUGCGGAGCAAACAGUUGAAUUUUGGCGGCCGCGCUGAGCGCAUCGAGUGCGAUCCAAUGAUAUAAAGAUAUAGCACGUUUUUCUUGAGAAGGAAAUGUUUUGUAGUGCGAUUUAUUUAUAGCAUUAGUGUGCUGAUUUGAAAGCCAAAAAAAAAGAACCACAAAUUUGGAAAUUUCAAUUAACUGAACGCACAUGCUGCUGAAAAAUAUAUAAACUAAACUGAUAUCGAAUAUAUAUAUAUAGUUAUAUAACUAUGUAAUUGCAACACCUGCAACAAAAAAGAUGUCACACAAAUUUCAACGCAACUCGCCACAAAUGCUUGGCGUGGCAUCCACAGUCUCCUCGACGACGCCCAGUAAUCAGCCGCGUAAGCGUGUGAAACGAUGUUGUCGCAACUUUGUCACCUUCAUGUGCACCCAGGUGGGAGUUGGAGCCCUCAUUGUGGUCUAUGCCAUCUUUGGAGCACUCACUUUUAUGCACAUCGAACGUGAAUUUGUGGACACAACAACAGCUCAUGUGCUGGAACUGAGACAGAAUUUCUCGCAACGUUUGUGGAACAUCACCGAGGAGCAUAAUCUGAUCGAUAAGCCGCUCUGGGUGAAUGAAACGAAUUCUGUACUGAGGGAAUAUCAAGCAGAGAUCGCUGCCAUCAUUAAGAAUGGUUAUGUGGGACGUAGUCCAGCAGACAUGUGGAGUUUUCCUGCAGCCUUGAUGUUUUGUCUAUCGGUCAUCACAAUGAUCGGUUAUGGCAACAUGGUACCACGCACCCCUUGGGGCAAGGGCUUCACUGUCAUCUAUGCCACCUUUGGUAUUCCGCUCUAUAUCCUCUACUUUCUCAACAUGGGUCGUGUGCUCGCUCGUUCCUUUAAGUUUCUGUAUCGCUCAUUGCAUGAUUGCACUCAGGAAAAGAAUUACGAUGCCAGAUUGGAGGCGCUGGAAGGUGGCGGCAGUCUUGGCGCCUUGACGCUGCGCAAGAAGAUCAUUGUGCCAUCGACAGCGUGUCUUUGGGUCAUUAUGUUCUAUAUUCUGACGGGUACCAUUAUGUUUGCCAACUGGGAGAAGUGGAGCUUCCUUAAUAGCUUCUACUUUUGCAUGACAUCGCUGUGUAAGAUUGGAUUUGGUGACUUUGUGCCCGGUGCCUCGUUGACCACAGCGGCAGAUGUGGAUGCGGCAACGCAAAAGUUGCGAGAAGAUAUUGCAGCGGAUCCCAAUGAAGUGUCGGAACUGCAACGUAUCGCAGAUCAGCACUCAAAGUUAGCCAUCAAUUUCAUCUAUAUGCUGCUGGGCAUGGGCUUGGUGGCCAUGUGUCGCAAUCUGAUGCGCGAGGAGGUGCGCGUCAAGCUCAAGGAGAUGAAGGAGGACACCAAACUGUGCGUGGAGGAUACGCGACUGCGUUUCGUGGGCUGUUGUGGAGAUCCUCGGGAUCUGUAUGAGAAUGAUUAUUACUGAAGCAGCGGCAGGAGUAGUAGAAGAUGUGUGAAGUGUGUGUGUAUGUGUGCGUUUGUGAUUGUUUAAAUGUGGUUGUUGUCUUUGCUAAGCACUGGUUGAAAAUCAUGCUAGGGUGUGCGUCUAAAUUUGAUUUAUUGAAGAAAGGAAAGAGCAGAAGUGAAGGAAAAAGAAUUGUAUACAUAUGAAAGAUAUAUGCAAGAAGCUAAUUUUUGUGCGUUGUUUGCCGCUCCCAA